ACACUUGUUUCAGCCAUGCAUGCGGAUCAGCCUUUCCUUGUCACGGUUGUGCCUGUGUUUUGGAAAGUCCUACUAUGGGCUUGUGUCUGCAUUGUGCUUGCCGCUCAGGGGCAAGGAGCUCUGCUUGUUUCCCACAGAGAUGCUCUUGUAGAGAUGGUCGAGGUGCACACUUUCAUAGUUGACUGUGCGGUGACGUCUCGUUUCGCUCACACCGUUAUGACCUCCAAGGCUCUGAACAAAGCCAACAUCUCGCGUGAAAUCGUCUUCGAAGUGGAGAUUCCAAAGACGGCCUUCAUAACCAACUUCACCAUCGAAAUGGAUAGUCAAGUUUAUGUUGGAGAGGUAAAGGAGAAAGAGAAAGCCAAGCAAGAGUAUGAGAAGGCGAUUUCUUCAGGAAAAACGGCUGGACUGGUCAAGGCAUCUGGAAGACAGAUGGAGCAGUUUUCAGUCUCUGUCAACAUUGCAGCGGAAAGUAACAUCAUUUUUGUUUUGACCUACGAGGAGCUCCUUCUGAGGAAACAGGGCCAGUAUGAGAUUUUGACCCGAGUGAAACCCAAACAACCGGUCCAAGACUUUCAGAUCACAGUUAGCAUAUUUGAACCGCAGGGCCUCACUUCAGUGGAUGCUACAGCAACAUUCCUCACCAAUCAGCUGCUCCCUCUGGUGGACAAAACUGUCACAAACACAAAGGCCCACAUCACUUUCUCACCAACAAUGGAACAACAGAGGAUAUGUCCGUCAUGUGAGGGCACUCGAGUUGAGGGAGAUUUUAUUGUCAAGUAUGAUGUCAAACGAGAAGAAAGCCUUGGGGAAGUCCAGGUGGUAAACGGCUACUUUGUGCACUUCUUCUCUCCACCUGACUUACCCACAGUUCCAAAAAAUGUCAUAUUUGUGGUUGACAGGAGUGGCUCAAUGAGCGGCAAAAAGAUAAUACAGACCCGAGACGCCUUGGCAGCCAUUCUGAAGGACCUCCAUGAGGACGACCAUUUCGCUGUCAUCCUGUUUGAUUCCGAGAUUGUCACCUGGAAGGACUCUGUCAUGAAAGCAACAAAAGAGAACGUGACAGAUGCCGUUGCCUACAUUGGGAAACUGAAGGAGAGGGGAGCUACUGACAUCAACGGUGCCCUAUUGAAAGCGGUGACAAUGCUGAUGAAGGAAAGAAAAUGCAAACGGCUUCCAGAGAGGAGUGUGGAUAUGAUUAUCCUGUUGACUGAUGGGAUGCCAAACCACGGGGUGUCCAACCUAAAAUCAAUCCAGGAGAAUAUACGCCAGGCUAUUGAUGGAAACAUGUCUCUGUUCUGUCUUGGAUUUGGGAAUGAUGUGGAUUACUCCUUUCUGGAUGUGAUGAGCAAACAAAAUAAAGGGCUGGCCCGCAGAAUCUUUGAGGCCUCAGAUGCAGCUCUUCAACUCCAAGGUUUCUAUGAAGAAGUGUCCAGUCCACUGCUCUUGGAGGUCAACCUGCGUUAUCUUGGCAAUACUGUUGACUUCCUGACCAAAAAUCACCACAGCCAUUUGUUCGACGGCUCUGAGAUCGUGGUGGCUGGUCGCUUGGAUGACAGCCAGGAGCUUGAUAACUUCCUUGUGGAGGUGUUUGCCCAGGGGCCAGAGGGGGAUUUCCAAGUGCAGGGGAAGGCCAGAGUGGCAGACUGGGAUGUGAUCUAUCCAGAAGACAAGUACAUCUUUGGGGACUUCACAGAGCGUCUGUGGGCUUACCUUACCAUUCAGCAGCUACUGGAGAAGAGUCGCAUCGCUAGUCAACAGGAAAAGGAAAACUUCACAGCUAAGGCCUUGGAUAUGUCGCUGCGCUACAACUUUGUCACCCCUCUCACCUCCAUGGUGGUCACCAAGCCUGAAAGUGAAGACGGACCAGACAGCCCCCUCAUCGCUGAUAAGCUGACAGAAGAUCAACGACAAAGAGCAGAGAGACAAAGAGGUUCCUCUGCCCAUGCUGCAAGUUCACGGCAUCAAUCCAAUGUGGAUGGAGAUCCACAUUUCAUGAUAGAACUCCCAGACAGGGAAGGCACCUUGUGUUUCAACAUCAAUGACAAGCCAGGGACUAUUUUCAACCUGGUCAGAGACCCCAAAUCAGGUUUUGUUGUGAAUGGCGAGAUUUUUGGCAAGAAGAAAUUUGUCCCAGAUCAAAAGAUGAACACCUACUUUGGUCGUCUUGGUAUCAGCCACAAGGCACUGGGGGUAAGGCUGGAGGUGAACACUCAGGAUAUCUCGGUGUUUCGUGAAGGAAAACAGGUCAAGAAGAUACUGUGGACAGAUUUUGCCUCUCUUAAAGACACCAAUAUGGAUCUUCAGAUGACAAAGAACUGUAGCCUCACAGUCACACUGAGGCACUCAGUCAAAUUUAUGAUCAUCAGGCAUACAAAGGUGUGGAAGCGACGCCAUGAUCAGCAGAACUAUCUGGGUUUUUACACUCUGGACAGCCACCAUUUGUCCCACUCAGUUCAUGGACUGCUAGGCCAGUUCUACCAUGGUGUUAAUUUUGAAGUGACAGACCGAGAUUUGGGAAAUAUUCAGCAGAAAACAGAUGUCACCAUGUACGUGAAGGGACAGACACUCAAUGUGACCAGACAUUGGCAGAAGGACUUCAGCAAAGAUGUGGUGAACGGGGAAAAUAUUCCCUGCUGGUUUGUUGACAAUGAUGGAGCCGGUCUCAUUGAUGGGCGAGCCUCUGAUUACAUUGUGCCCAACCUCUUUUAAAUCUUUUUUUAAAUUCAACAUUAAUUAACAUAAACAAUAUAUUUUUUUUUUGCUUUAGGUGAGACACUGCAUUAUUUAAGCACUUAAAGACAUUAAAACAUUAAGGACAUAAGGAAAUCUUCACUUGCUGGAGCUAAAACAACAACAACAACAGCUAUACACUCUGUUUUCAUUCUAAAAUGCUAUUUUAGUUUUGUGUUGAAAGUAAUUUGUGGAUAAAAUGACCAAAGAAAUGUAAUAGUCCAUCAUAAAUGUUGAGAGGUGUGAAUGUGAAGAAUGUUAAAGGACUUCUGUAGUGCUUUGAAUAUUGGCACUUAUUCCAUAGUUCUGUACUUAAAAAUGAUAUCUGCAGGGAAAAAAUAGACUCAGUAGUAAUUUUAGGCUUUGUUUUCUGAUGACAUCGUUGAUUUUUAGCCAGAUUUUGGCCCGCCCCUAUUUAGGUCCAAACCUGCGUGAGCCUGCUGACGUCAGCAACAGAGGACGAGGACAUUUUCUUACUAACUAUUAAAUGUUCUGUGGCAUAAUUGUUACCUAUAUUGAAAGUCUGUAUGUUUUUUAAGACAAUAACGAAUGAAAAUAGUGAGGUUCGAUAUAUUUGAGUAGGCUUGUUUUGUCAAAAACGAUCGCUGCAAUGCUUCAUUGUACAACCCCAAUUCCAAUGAAGUUGGGAGGUUGUGUUAAACAUAAAUAAAAACAGAAUACAAUGGUUUACAAAUCAUGUUCAACCUAUAUUUAAAUGUAUACAUUACAAAGACAAGAUAUGUAAUGUUCAAACUGAUUAACUUUAUUGCUUUUAGCAAAUAAUCAUUAACUGAGAAUUUUAUGGCUGCAACACAUUCCAAAAAAGCUGGGACAGGGUCAUGUUUACUACUGUGUUACAUCACCUUUUCUUUUAAAAACAUCCAAUAAACGUUUGGGAACUGAGGACACUAAUUGUUGAAGCUUUGUAGGUGGAAUUCUUUCCCAUGCUUGCAAUUUCAGUUGCUCAACAGUCCAGGGUCUCUGUUGUCGUAGUUUACGCUUCAUAAUGCGCCACACAUUUUCAAUGGGAGACAGGUCUGGACUGCAGGCAGGCCAGUCAAGUACCCGCACUCUGUUACUACGAAGCCACGCUGUUGUAACACGUGCAGAAUGAGGUUUGGCAUUGUCUUGCUGAAAUAAGCAGGAGCGUCCAUGAAAAAGGCGUUGCUUGGAUGGCAGCAUAUGUUUCUCCAAAACCUGUAUGUACCUUUCAGCAUUAAUGGUGCCUUCACAGAUGUGUAAGUUACCCAUGCCUUUGGCACUAACACAGCCCCAUACCAUCACAGAUGCUGGCUUUUGAACUUUGCUUCCAGAACAUGGUUAUUUUCCGCUUUGGCCCGGAGGACACGACGUCCACAAUUUCCAAAAACAAUUUGAAAUGUGGACUCGUCGGACCACAGAACACUUUUCCACUUUUCAUCAGUCCAUCUUCGAUGAGCUCGGGCCCAGAGAAGCCGGCGGCGUUUCUGGGUGUUGUUGAUAAAUGGCUUUUGCUUUGCAUAGCAGAGUUCCAAGUUGCACUUACGGCUGUAGCGCCGAACUGUAUUUACUGACAUUGGUUUUCUGAAGUGUUCCUGAGCCCAUGUGGUGAUAUCCUUUUCACAUUGAUGUCGGCUUUUGAUGCAGUGCCGCCUGAGGGAUCGAAGGUCACGGGCAUUCAAUGUUGGUUUGCAGUGAUUUCUCCAGAUUCUCUGAACCUUUUGAUGAUGAUAUGGACUGUAGAUGAUGAAAUCCCUAAAUUCCUUACAAUUGUACGUUGAGGAACAUUGUCCUUAAGCUGCUCGACUAUUUUCUUACGCAAAGAUGGGGCGAGGUUCACCUCUUUGUGAACCUCGCCCCAUCUUUGCUUGUGAAUGACUGAGCAAUUCAAGGAAGCUCCUUUCAUACCCAAUCUUUGCACCCACCUGUUCCCAAUUAGCCUGUUCACCUGUGGGAUGUUCCAAACAGGUGUUUGAUGAGCAUUCCUCAACAUUUUCAGUCUUUUUUGCCACCUGUCCCAGCUUUUUUGGAACGUGUUGCAGCCAUAAAAUUAUAAAUUCAUGAUUAUUUGCUAAAAACAAUAAAGUUUAUCACUUCGAACAUUAAAUAUUUUGUCUUUGUAGUGUAUCCUUCUGGAAUAUAUUCCAAUAUAAUUAACAAUUUAGUUCUUGCUUCGUUCAGUAAGAAAGCUAUAUGACUACAAUAAUGCUGCUGACGUCUUUAAACAACGCUGAUACCAGCAAGUACAAGAAACGUUCCAGCACCCCAAGACUGUCACUGCUGAAAAAGGUUGUCAGGUGAAUGGUACAUUUCUGCUGGUAGAGGUGAGGUCAUAAUCAACAGCAGCUACGGUAAGAAGGGGAAGUAACACAGGAGAACAACAAUUAACAAAACAAAUUUAAACAUGCAACAGUAGCAGUGUAAAACCCGCUAAGUGAGAAAGUUCAAGCUACUUUGAAGGUAAGAAGUUAAUGUAAUAUAGUCCAAUUUACCAGUGCAACAUUUUAUCUGGGGGCAACUGGGGCCAGUAUGUCUGCUGUGAAGAGUUUAAUUAGCUCCCUUGUGUGCUGGAAAGCAUUUGACUGCAUGACUCACGCAGAACAGAAGGUACGCUCAGUUAGCGCCGUAGGAUUUUCUUUGGAUUGUUUUGUAUUUGUGGCCUUAAAGGGACACUGUGUAGGAACUAUUCCCAUCUCGCGUUGACUUGUGUUUAAAUUGAACAGUGAACUCUUAGCACCUCAGUUUUCCAAAACACGUAUUGCAACAACGGGCGCCGUUGUAUAUAUUAAAAAAAUAAUAAAAAAUAGGAAAAUUUGUCGAACACCUGCUAAUACAGGACAGUUGGCUGUUACUGUGUUCUGCUGCCUAUGGCAAACAACACUGUCUAACAAAACCUAAUGAAAUACGGCUGGGAAACCACUUUGCAUUGUGGGUUGAGGCGUCCGCAAUAUGUCUUACUAAGCAGGAUGUAUAAUGGCUGUGUGUAUUUUCUGGACUGAAAAUAUGUUAAAAAGCAUGAAACAGAUGGGAUAUUCCACAGAAAACCUAGAAGCCCGAGACCGAUACCUGGCAAAAAAUACACGCGGUAUAAAUGGUUUGGAUCCGUGGAACAUUCCGAAUACAGAUUGGAGCUACUGCUUCUGUUGUGUGCAGCGGAUUUGUGUACCUCGCGUGUGGUGUGCCUUCACUUUGGAGCAGUUUAAAAAUGACAAAAUCCUUCUCAUCAUCUCAUGUACAGUUUACUCACUUGUGGAUGCAGGACCUAUAACGUGAUUAAGCCGACCGGCGAACAAUGCCAACACGUCAUUCGGACGAGGGUACAUGGAGUCUAUUGUCUUCAUUCUCUAGCUUUUCUCUUGGCUGCGCUGCUUGUAUGCGUAUGUACUGUAGAUGAUGAUUUAUUUUUCAUCCAAUUAAAUUUCAGCUUCAAUGAGCUGAGUGAGUGUAAUCUG